GAAGUCAACAUCGUGCUGUCAACUGUAAAAGCAAACUCGGAUGUCAGAGAUGUAACAAGAAACACCAUAUGUCAAUCUGUGAGCAAUCACAACAACUUUUAGUGGCUGGAGGUCAUAUGAACAUGCGCGUUACGCACCCAGUGGUUAUAGUCGAAGUUGAAGGUGUUAAGUGCAGAACCCUGCUCAACACCGGGGCAGGCAGUUCCUACGCGUCGGCAGCACUUUUGGAUCGCAUUCCAAAGCGGCCGUCCAAGAGAGAAAUACGAAAAAUUGAUAUGAUGCUCGGCGUGACUACGAGGGAAGUCAAAUUGUCAACCAUUGAAAUCAAGGGAACAUCGGGUAAAUUUUCUAUGAAAGUCGAAGUCACUAAGGUGAACAAAGGAGAACUUGUGUUCAUAGACAAUCCGAGAUAUCAGAACAUGAUAGAGCAAAACCCACACUUGAAAGGAGUCAUCAUGGAAGACAUUGAUCAGAAAGAGCGACUUCCGGUGCACAUCAUUCUCGGAGCAAGUGACUAUGCAAUGUUGAAAACUGAUCAGCCACCCAGAGUUGGUAAAUCGGGGCAACCGGUAGCUGAGUUGACACAGUUUGGAUGGACCAUCAUGUCCCCUGGAAAAGAAUCCUGCGACGUGACCAAUAUGCUUUUGACUCAGACAUUCCAGGCUGAUUACGAAGAACUGUGUCGCCUGGAUGUCUUGGGUUUGAAAGAUACACCCACCAACGACCAGCACAGUGUAUUUGACGAGUUCAAAGAACAACUUACCCGGGACCCAGCUGGUUGGUACGAAACAGGGCUACCGUGGCGCGGCAACCAUCCUGUAUUACCCAACAACGAAGCUAAUAGUUUGCGAUGAUUAGCAAGUUUAACGAACAGACUCGAGCGGCAAGGUUUGACAACCAAAUACGGGGAGAUAAUGGAGGAACAAAAGGCAGAGGGGAUAAUUGAGAAAGCUGAACUGCGGAGCGUAGGAAGAGAAUUCUACAUCCCUCACAAAGCAGUUAUUCGACCUGAUGCAGAAUCCACAAAAAUGACGCUUCUGCAAAAGCACAUGACGGUGUUCCGUCGCUGAAUGAGUGUCUACAUCCGGGACCUCCACUGCAAAAUAGAAUGUGGGAUGUGUUAGUUAGAGGACGGUUUCAUCCAGUAGCUCUGACGGGUGACUUGCAAAAGGCCUUUUUGCAAGUACGUAUUCGCGAAAACGACCGAGACGCACUUCGAUUUCACUGGCGGAAAGAUCAGCAAUCAGAACUAGAGACCUUGAGAUUUACCAGGGCACUUUUCAGGCUUGUAUCAUCUCCUUUCUUGUUGGGGGGAGUCAUUGAUGCUCACCUGAGUAACUGGGAAGAAAGAGAACCGGAAGUAGUAGCAAAACUGCGUGAAGAGUUGUACGUGGACGAUUUGAUAACGGGGUCAACAUCAGUAUCGAACAGGAAGAAGUUAAAGAGAAAGCAACAACUAUUUUCGAGGAUGCGGGGUUUAUGCUUCACAAAUGGCACUCGAAUGAGCGUGAAUUAGAGACUACACAGUCACAAGACGGUAAUCCUACCUAUGCAAAACAGCAGUUAGGGACCCCAGAAGGGGGAGAUAGCAGCUUGCUCGGACUUGUGUGGAAUAAAGAACAAGAUACAGUCGCUGUUACAAUGCCCACUGAAAAGACGGUGUUUACCAAACGGGGCGUCUUGGCAAAGCUCGCCAAGAUAUAUGACCCUUUGGGCUUCGUAUCUCCUUUAACGCUUACGG